CAAUUGUGCUUGACCAUGCCCAGCGAACGGUUCGGCAGCAGUUUUUUAAAAUAGCGAAAUUUACUGUUCUUUCUGUGUUACGCUCUUCGAAGAGCCCAAAAUAAGUUAAUAUGCAACUGUUCUUAGCUUUUAUUAUUGCUGCAUCGACAAUUCUAAAAGAUGUACAAUGUCUGCCAGUCAAAAUCGAUGCGGAAACAAAGUUUAUUGUUCUUCAGAACGACGGCAUGGAACCAACCGUAUUAGAAUGUGAUUAUAAUCUCAAUGACACCGAUUCAUUUCUGACUGUGAAAUGGUUUAGAAACGACAAGACUAUUUACCAGUGGAUCCGAGGAUCGCAUCCGGCGCCAAUUCCGGAAUUCAAAAGUGAUGUGGAUAGUUCAUAUGAGAGCUCAACGGAUCCAAAUAAACAAUACAGUGCACUGGCCCUCAUAAAUCCUUCCAUAGAUUCCACCGGAGACUAUAAAUGUGUUGUACAAACGAGAACAGAAACGAUAACGGUUCAUAAAAGCGUACAGGUGAUCGACGUGAGGAAUUAUACGCUGAACAUGUAUCGCUAUCAAAUUCAAAAUGAGACUCAACUGGAGUGCACGGUCUCCAACGUGUUUCCGAAGCCAACAAUAACUAUUACAUCGGAAGAUGAUGAUAUUGUCAAGGUGGUGGCCAAUGAGCCGCAGGAAAACGAGGAUGGAUACUUUAAUGCAACUACUUUUGCCGCGAUCCAGGAUGAUGACGAAGACACGGACUCCCACAAAUGUGUUGUGACUUUCGAGGGCUAUUCACAGAAUUUGACAACCAUACUAACGUCUGGUUCGUGUAAAAGUUGUACAGAUUAUCGGAUAUUAUUCCUGAGUUGCUUAGUGUAUUAUUUAUUCUCUAACAUUAAUAUUUUAGAUUAAAUAAAAUUUGUUGUUAUAUUGUUAAAACUACUGUUACACAGAGUUG